ACCAAGUGCCAUUCCAUUAGUGCUGUACGGCAGCCACACUGGCGGACGUAUAUAAUCAAAAUUUGGCAUUUUCUUGUUUUUUGUUUUGUUUUUCCGUGUCCCCUUUGAAAACCGAUGUGCAUCCAGACAGGAAACCUUGAAAUCGGAAACCCACAAUGAGCACGCGCAGAACAAAGAGCAGUCCAACGCUUAAUUUCAAGGCGGUGCUUCUGGGUGAAGGUUGUGUGGGCAAAACGUCGCUUGUGCUGCGCUACAUGGAGGACCGGUUCAAUGCUCAGCACUUAAGCACCCUACAGGCCUCCUUUGUGACUCGCAAGGUGUCGCUGGAGGACGGGAGAAGGGCUCAGUUGAAUAUCUGGGACACGGCUGGACAGGAGCGAUUCCACGCCCUGGGACCCAUUUACUACCGAGGAUCCGAUGGUGCCCUGUUAGUCUACGACAUAACAGACCAGGACUCGUUCCAGAAGGUCAAGUCCUGGGUGCGGGAGCUCCGGCAAAUGCGCGGCACGAAGAUUGCCUUGAUAAUCGUAGGCAACAAGACUGAUUUGAGUGAACAUAGGGCGGUGGCGCAUGAGGAGGCCCUCCAAUAUGCGCGCACGGUUGGCGCCCAGUAUGUGGAGACCUCAGCUAAGGAGAACGAGGGUGUGUCCGAUCUAUUUGAUCUGUUGACCCAUCUGAUGCUGGAGCAGAUCAGCCAGCGGGAGCCCGACGCGAGUCCACUGCGCCUCGAGCACGCGGACUCGGAUGGCCCUUGCAACUCUGACGGCUCAGAGGUCCUGGAUGGCGGCGACCCUGCGGGCCAGCGAUCCUGCUGCGGCAUUUAGCCGCCUCCAUUGUGAUAGUAUCAUAAUUAUGUGCUAGUACCCUGUAGCCGAUGUUUAUUUUGUGUAUAUGUAUAUUGUAUAUUUACUUAUAGUGCGUGUGUUUCUGUUAUCAAAUAACUCCAGUUCUCUUGAUCCUCAGUAAUGUUUUCCAAACUGCCCAGGCAUUUUUGUUUCGAUUUUGGCACCUAGUUUAUGCACGAAUUGUAGUAUUUGUCCAUUCCCGACAUUCGAGUCUUCUCACUCUUUCAGUGCGCCAAGCAAUAAAUUAUUUUUUAAUUGCA